AUGUCGUCAACAGUUAUUGCAUCUCUCAUUGCUGCAAAUCAACCAGUGAUUAUUUAUUUUGGAACAUCAAUUCUUAUAGUUGGUUUAGUUGGUAACUGUCUUAAUGCCAUUGUAUUUCUAAGUCUGAAAACAUUUCGUGAGAAUUCAUGUGCAUUCUAUUUAACCAUCAUGUCCAUUGUUAAUAUUGGCCAAUUGAUUUCGGGUUUAUUAAGUCGAAUUCUAAUGAGUGGUUUCAGCAUAGAUUAUACUCAAACUUCAUUAUUUUAUUGUAAAUUUCGAACAUUCUUUUUUCAAUUUACGACAUCACUUUCACUUGCAUGUAUAUGUCUUGCCUCUAUCGAUCAAUAUUUUGCAACUUGCACUCGUCUUCAAUGGCAACAAUGGAGUAAUAUUAAAACAACUCGUCGUAUAUUAAUAAUUAUUACUUUUAUUCUAAUGAUAAUACAAAUUCCAUGUUUGAUUUAUUAUAAACAUAUUCAACCAAUUCCAACAGAGAAAACAAUUUGUGGAAUUACAAAUAUGUCUUUUGUACAAUUUAAUAUGUAUUUUAAUUAUCUCUUUUUGGGAAAUGUUUUACCCUAUUCAUUGACAAUUCUAUUUGGUACAAUGGCAUACCGAAAUAUUCAACAAUCAUCAAAUCGAACGGUACCUCUUAUUCGACUUCAAUUAGACAAACAAUUAACAGCCAUGGUUCUUGUACAAAUAGUAUAUAAUUUUUUUAGUCUUUUCCCAUCCUUGAUCGCAUAUAGUAUUGGUUCAUAUGGAAAUAUUCAAGAUCCAAUGAUAAAAGCAAGUGUCGAUCUAGCUUAUACUAUAACUUUAUGUGUGUAUUAUUCGUAUUUCGCAAGUUCAUUCUAUAUCUACAUAAGUAUUUCAGAAAGAUUUCGACGACAAUUCUUCUACGUAUUUUUUAAGAAGCACUGGAAUCGAUGUCUACAACAUAAAGUCUUUCCUAACCAAUUAGCAUUACAACCACAAGUGAUACAACUUAAUUUAAUAUCAAGAAUAGAUUAA